AUUUAAACAAAAACAUGCCUCAAGUAGACACGAAUCAAGCGAUACUCCAUUAUUCAUGUUCUUAAACUCCGGGAUUUUGGAAUCACGAAAACGCAAUUUCUGUUGUUUAUCUCCAUUGUCGCCGCAUGGAUUAUUUGAAUUUGUUUACCUGUUAUUGCAGAUAUAUCUCCAAUUGAUAAACCUCUUUCUGAAAAUCAAGAAAAUUGAUCCAGCGUCUUUGAUAUUGCUACUACAUCUGUUCGCUGUACAGGUUCCCAUGAUAAUAAACAUAAGUUUGAUGAUCGCGAAAUAUCAGUUAUGAAGGAAGUUCAAAUUCUUCUGACAUCUAAUUAGAUGUUAAAAGUCAGAAUCUAUUUUGAAUAAACAUCGAAAUCCUUAUGGGUUGCUACAAGGAAAGCGUAUUAUGGCCUAUUUCUGGUUACACAAUAAUGAUUUGGAUAGUUGACGAAUUGAUACGUAAUUACUGUUUUCUGAAUUUAUUAAAGUUAUCACUACUCAAACUCAUUCACAACAAAAAUUAUCGUUUUAAUAUUGCACUCUCAGCCUCAAAUCCGACAACGUUUUGCGAAGAAUUCAUUAUAUGUGAUGAAAAAAACGUACGCGCUUCUCUAAGAUGGGUCAAGACAUUUCAACACUUAGAAAAACCUGAAACAGCCCUGAACUUUGAUUUCGACCAGUUCGCUUCGGACAAAACUUUUGAAAUUUAUUUAUUUGUUCCAACAACAAUUCUCUACAAAUUCGGGGGCGACAGCUGUUUGCUGGAUAAAAUAGCGCACCUUAGCAUCAAAGCAUCUAUUCAUAUCAGGCUUAUAGUUCCUGAAAAAACUGUGGCUAACGAACAUGUACCAUUUUCUGAAACUGAUGUUUCUGGAAUUGAAAUCCUUAAAAGCAUUUCUGAGUUAGCAUCUGGAACAUUCGCUAUUGUUCGAUUAUGUUCAUUUAUCAAAACAUGCUCAAAUGGUUGCACUACAUGGUUAAUGGACAAAAAUGAACGUGAUUUUAGUCAUUUGAGAACAUCAAAACGAUCCAAAGAAGUACAAAUUCAUAUGUUGUCAUUUACUAGUUAUUCACAGUCCAUCAAAUUACCUUGCGGAAAAGUUUACGUUGUGAGUGAUUCUAAAGAGCAUGAGUCUGUGUUAAUGAAGCCAACACUGUCAGCCUCUUCUGAAUUUACUGAUAGAUAUUUUAGACCACAUACGUGCCCCAAUUCUUUUGGUACUUCCGAUUGUUGUAUUCAUCCUCAUCUGUGGUCACGUGUAUCUGUCAAUGAAAAACUAGUAAAUGAUUUGAAUCGUAGGAUUUAUGAGUCAGCAAAAGAUGAAGCGAACUCAAGAAAGUGUUUAUUUAACUGGUUUACUGGUGAUUAUGCUCAAAUAUCAAAUCUCCUUGACAACCAAAAUGUACUAGCGAGGAGAUUAUCAGAUGGUCAUUACUACCUGGGUUCAAUUCAAACUGUUAAACCCCAUCUACCUGUAGAUCAAGUUUUUGUACGAUUCGGUCCCAUACACAAUUUAACAAGCUUUGAUUUGCGAAAAUCUAGAGCAACUACCUCGAAUUCGGAUACAUUUCAUUACGAAUGGUUUGAUAUAACUGAAAUCAUUGACUUAGAGCACGCUAUCAGACACUCUAUUGAACCAGGUGAUUGUGUUCUUGUACCCUACAGUUGGCCAUUUCCAAAGUGUCCCAUCCUUAAUAUGGAAAAACCAUCUAGUUUUGAGAAUCUCCGUUACUAUGCAGCUAUCGUAGUUUCCGGUCGAGAAUGGAGAGCUGACAAGUUAACUAAAGCUAGAAACUUCACAAAGGAUGAUCAAAAACUUUUGGUUGAAUUAGCUAGUUCAAACACUCGUGUUGGCCAUAUUUAUGUUUCAAAACAAAAAGCUGUUUGGAUUUCACCAAAUACUUAUCAACGAAUUGUAUUAGAACAAUAUAUGACACCAGAAUGUAGGAAAUGGUUAAAACAUAAAACAUUUCUUCCAAACAGUUAUCCAUUUCAAUCAGCUCCAGGUUAUCCUGCUGAUGGAUUUAGCAGAUUUAAAUCUUAUAAAAAUAGCCUUCAAUCAGAUUUACACAUUCAACCGUUGACUUUCCAACAGUUCAGACAUGGAACAGAUGUUCAAUUUGAAUAUUGUCCAUCCCUUCAAUGUUGGCCUCUUUAUUCAGUCGUGAAUGACUUAUUACCAGUAACUAAUGGAUGCCCUGUUUGGUACGAUAAUGAAACAACAAGCAAAAAUUUAAUAAAAUUAUCCAAUAAUAAAGUUUCAAAUAAUCUUUUACAGUCGGCUGGAUCGAACUGUGAACAGAAUUUUGAACCUAAAUUAGUGUACAGGUCACGAAAUAAACAUAUCAAUUAAGGCCAUCUUGUGGUAUGGUCUACUUAUAUCCACAUAAAUGGUAUAUGGUGAUGGUCAAACAUAGAAUGUAUUUUAGCAGAAGAUUGAUAAGAAACGAACAGGAAUGAAGCGCAAUCGGUACGAAAAUGCACGAACAAUAAAAUCAUAGAAGAUGGACUGAUAUUUGCACAAGAAACAGUCAAGAUUGAAACAAUAGAUUGUUUUUUUUUUGCAAAUUAACUGUUGACUGUAUGAUUGUCAGAAUUUAGUGAGAUAGUCUGUAAUUUAUGAUUGUAUACGUUCGAUUGUCCCAACCAGUGUUCUGUUCAUGACAAUCUUCUCAUUACCUUAUCCAGCAAAACUAAAGUUUUCCCAUCGUUUUUGAUAGCAGAAUUUUUCUCUUCAUAAAAUUUACUACCAGUAAUUUAUUUCGUUAAUAGGGCAAUACCUAAAUAUAUAUAACAUUUGAGGUACGUUUUAUUAGUAUACAAUUACCGCUAAUGUUCACCACAGGUGAAAAUUCUACUAAAACAACAACAAGCCAUUCAUUCCCCUUAAAUAUAUAUAGUGUUACUCCAACUAUCUAUAGUAAAUUUGAUAUAUUACAUCCUAUGAUUCAUUAAAUGUAUUUAAAUGAUCUACAUAAGAUUUUGGAGGAAAACAAAUGCUGAUUUAGUGAGUUAUUUCUUGUUAUACAAUCUAAAUGUUAUCUCAAUAUGUAUUUCGUCAAUUUGACUGCGUUCUAUACAAGUUGCAUAAACAGUAUUUUGUUACUACUAUGGUGAUCUUUUGUUUGUAAUAUCCAUGGUUAAAAUAAUAAUAAUAACAAUGUUAGUGUAUGAUAAUUAAUCUAGGGUCAUGUUGUUAAUUUAUUCAUGAUUAAACGCAAGGAGG